CGGGCGGGGAGCGGGAGGGGCGCGGAGCGGAGCCGGGCCCGCGCCGCGCGCCCCGCCGGGCGGGCUUCAGGCUGCGCCAGUGAGCCGGGCUGGUGGCGCCCGCAUCGGAGACCCGGAGCUGGACCUUGAGGCAGCAAAGGAGAAAACUGCAGUCCGGGAUGGCUCAGUUGGCGCGUCCAAAGUCUUGCAGCUGGUUCGGGCCGAGCCCGGACUGCGAGAGUGAGGCACAUGGCCCCUGCAGACCGGGCCUCGGAGGGUCCAAGGCUUGAGGACCCGUCGGCUCCCCACCCCCUUGGAAAGGCAAGGAGAGAAGCCUGCGCUGGUAGUGAGCUUCCACUUCUGCCCUUGACUGCAGCACCCUAGUGCCCUCCUGGCUUAGUCAUGGCGAAGCUGGAGACACUACCUGUGCGUGCUGACCCAGGGCGGGAUCCCCUCCUGGCCUUUGCCCCACGGCCUUCUGAGCUUGGACCCCCAGACCCCCGCCUGGCCAUGGGCAGUGUGGGCAGUGGGGUGGCCCAUGCCCAGGAGUUUGCCAUGAAGAGCGUGGGCACCCGCACAGGGGGUGGGGGCAGCCAGGGCAGUUUCCCCGGUCCCCGAGGCAGUGGCAGCGGGGCCAGCAGGGAGAGGCCCAGCCGCUACCCCUCAGAAGACAAGGCUCUCGCCAACUCCCUCUACCUCAAUGGCGAGCUUCGAGGCAGUGACCACACGGAUGUCUGCGGCAAUGUGGUGGGCAGCAGCGGUGGCAGCAGCAGCAGUGGUGGCAGUGACAAGGCCCCUCCACAGUAUCGAGAGCCUAGCCACCCACCUAAGCUCCUGGCCACCUCAGGCAAACUAGACCAGUGCUCAGAGCCACUAGUUCGUCCGUCAGCCUUCAAGCCUGUUGUACCCAAGAAUUUCCACUCCAUGCAGAACUUGUGCCCCCCGCAGACCAAUGGGACCCCUGAGGGUCGACAGGGCCCUGGUGGCCUCAAGGGCGGACUGGACAAGUCUCGGACCAUGACACCAGCAGGUGGGAGUGGGGGCGGCCUUUCAGACUCAGGCCGGAACUCACUCACAAGCCUGCCCACCUACAGCUCCAGCUACAGCCAGCACCUGGCGCCCCUCAGCGCCUCCACCAGCCACAUCAACCGCAUCGGCACUGCCAGCUAUGGUAGUGGCAGUGGUGGCAGCAGCGGUGGGGGGUCGGGCUACCAGGACCUGGGGACCUCUGACAGUGGGCGGGCCUCCAGCAAGAGUGGGUCCUCGUCAUCUAUGGGUCGGCCAGGCCAUCUGGGGUCUGGGGAGGGCGGAGGUGGAGGCCUGCCGUUUGCGGCCUGCUCACCGCCCUCGCCCAGUGCACUGAUCCAGGAGCUGGAGGAGCGGCUGUGGGAGAAGGAGCAGGAGGUGGCAGCUCUGCGACGCAGCCUGGAGCAGAGUGAGGCGGCUGUGGCCCAGGUCCUGGAGGAGCGGCAGAAGGCCUGGGAGCGGGAGCUGGCAGAGCUGCGCCAGGGCUGCAGUGGGAAGCUGCAGCAGGUGGCCCGCCGCGCCCAGCGCGCCCAGCAAGGCCUGCAGCUGCAGGUGCUGCGGCUGCAGCAGGACAAGAAGCAGCUGCAGGAGGAGGCCGCCCGGCUGAUGCGACAGCGGGAAGAGCUAGAGGACAAGGUGGCCGCCUGCCAGAAGGAGCAGGCUGACUUUCUGCCCCGGAUGGAGGAAACCAAGUGGGAGGUGUGCCAGAAGGCUGGAGAGAUUUCCCUCCUGAAGCAGCAGCUGAAGGACUCGCAAGCUGACGUGUCGCAGAAGCUGAGUGAGAUCGUGGGGCUGCGCUCGCAGCUGCGGGAGGGCCAGGCCUCCCUGCGGGAGAAGGAGGAGCAGCUGCUCAGCCUGAGGGACUCCUUCGGCAGCAAGCAGGCCAGCCUGGAGCUGGGCGAGGGCGAGCUGCCUGCCGCCUGCCUCAAGCCGGCGCUGACCCCCGUGGACCCGGCCGAGCCGCAGGACGCGCUGGCCACCUGCGAGAGCGAUGAGGCCAAGAUGCGCCGUCAGGCCGGGGUGGCCGCCGCCGCCUCCUUGGCUUCAGUGGACGGGGAGGCGGAGGCAGGCGGGGAGAACGGGACGCGGGCCCUGCGGCGGGAGGUGGGACGGCUGCAGGCCGAGCUGGCAGCCGAGCGGCGCGCCCGGGAGCGCCAGGGUGCCAGCUUCGCGGAGGAGCGCCGCGUAUGGCUGGAGGAGAAGGAAAAGGUCAUCGAGUACCAGAAGCAGCUGCAGCUGAGUUAUGUGGAGAUGUACCAGCGCAACCAGCAGCUGGAGCGGCGGCUGCGGGAGCGCGGGGCGGCGGGGGGUGCGAGCACGCCGACCCCCCAACAUGGCGAGGAGAAGAAAGCCUGGACACCUUCGCGCCUCGAGCGCAUUGAGUCCACAGAAAUCUGAUCCUCGACCUGGGAACGUGGCCUUCUGACAAUGUCUUGUCAAGAGGCCAGAGUCCCCAGUGUCCCCUCCCCUCCAUCUCUCUCCCCCAUAUGUCCCAUAUCCCCAGACCAAAGAGGUUCUCAAAGCAGCUGUGACCAGGCUCCUCCCUGCGACCCGGCUUCCCCCAGUGCUGUGCCCUCCCAGCUCCAGGGCUCCCUUCGUGGGCAGCCCACUUGGACCCUCCUAAAAGGAGGGAAUGGGUGAGGGCAGAGUCAGUGGGGAUGAGGGCCCAGGCAGCAGAGGAGUCAUGCUCCCUUUCUUGGCACCCCCUUGGAGAUGGAGACCGCAGACCUGCAAUGCCAUGAGGUGCCCCAGCCCCUCUGGUGGGGUCUGGGCUGCUACUGUCAGCCACCCUUUGUCCAGUGAUGCUCUCUGUGCUCACUUCGUAGGCUGUGGAGCCUGAGGGGGCUUGCAUGGUGUCUGCUGAAGCUGACCCUAGGCUCCUGGCUUCUCUCCUUUCUGCAGUGUUCUCCCUCCCUGGGCAGAUUGGCAGGACAAGUGGGAGCAGAUGGCCUGCCCGUGGUUGAGAGGGCUACCUGCCCAGCCCCUCCCCCCCAAGGUCUCUUGGGCUCAGGCCUCAGAGCCUGGCGAGGUCCUGAGUGUGUGUCCCUGCGUGUGCGUUGGGGGAGGGGAGGGCAGGGGCUAGAAGCUCAGCGCCCAGGGAAGAUCUGUCCUCUUGUUCUUGGGUCACUUGGAGGCUUCUCAGCUCUACCCUCACCCUUCUGGCCAGGAUCCUGCAGGGCAACAGCCCAAUCUACUUGGCUGACCCCACACCUAGGACCACUUUUCAGCUCUAACUACAGCUAUUAAGUGCUACCUGCCUCUCAGGCACUCCCUUCACCCAGUUUCUGAGGUCAGAUGAGUGUCUGCAAUGUCUUCCCCCACCUGAUUCCCCCAGCUUCCUGCUUUCAUGCUCAGCACAUCAUCUUCCUAGGCUGCCUCGUCCCCAAAGUCUCACCUUUUCUUCCAGUAGAAAAUUCUGCUUGACCUUUGGUGCACCUGCCCACUUCCCAGCUCCACUGAUUGGCCCAAGUCUGAGCCCGGGGCCCUUGUUUGAGGGGUGGGGAGGGGUGGAUGUGAUUGCCCUUGAAGAACAGGCUACCCUGAGAGGAACACUGACCUCUUGGUUCCCAGGGCCCUGAGAUGGCCUAGCAUUUGCCCAGGGUAGGCCAGGCACAGCCAUCAGCAGGGUUAGGGCAGCCAAUGUUACUUCCUCUCGGGGCCCUCUCAGACUCCAUCUCCCCAAGACAGGAAGGGAAAAGCAAAUUUCUAAUUCACCAGCAAUAAAAAUUGGAGGAGGCUUGGCCCUCAGCCCUGGUAUUUCUCUCUUUUUCACUCUCUUCCUCCCAUCCCCAACACUGAAUUUGGGGGGCAGGGUGGAGAGAGCUGGCAACUACUGUGAGCAAGUCCCCCAGCCCCUGAUUGGCCUCCUCCCAUGACUGGUGACUGUUUAAUGAGCUGUGCAUCCCCCACAAAACAGGAGCGCCCCUCUGUGUGGCCUCUAACACUUUGCACAGCCCCUCUGGGUGGUCCUCACCAGGUCUCUGAGCUGGGUGGGAAGCCACCCUGGCAACCACUGCCCACUCCACUCACCCCUCACUGCACCUGUCCCAGAACCUGGCCCUAGGCCACAGGGGCAGGGAGAAGAAAAGGCAUUAGUAGGAAAAAAAAAUAGAAAAAAAUAUGAACAGACUUAGCUUUGGGAUGUCCAACCACAAAAGAAAUUAUAUAUAAAUAUAUAUAAAUAUAUAUCUCUACCAUAUGUGAUGGAAAGACUUUUCGUUUUCCUUUCCCAAAGAAAUAAAAUGGAGAAAGCCUCUUGAGUGGCA